AAAUAUCUUAAAAUUGGGAGGCAGGCAGGGGAGUCUGCAGCAUCUGAGCGUCUUGGCGCGACCCAUGGGAGAGAGAGAAAAUCAACCCUAAACCUCUCCAAGUCUCCUGAUUUCGUCUUUGAUUUUUCACAAGCUUGGAAAGCCAUGCUUCUUCAGACGACUCACUCCUCGAGAGACGUCGGACAUGAACGUCUAGGGCUUCACAUGGGUAAGCAUCUCUCUCCUCCUUGUGCUCCCACAACUAGGGUUUUUGUGGGGUUUAGUCUCCCAUCCUUUCCCCGUAACCGUUCUCUUGGGUUUAACCUCCGCUGCGCCUCUGGAUCCGCUGUAUUUCCCGCGAGAGGCUCCAAGCUCCGCCCUCGCAAGCGGGGUUACGGCGGUGUGCUUCCCUCGAUUUUGCGCUCUUUGGAGUCUGCUUCUGAUAUCGAGACAACCCUCUCUUCUUCUUGUCUUAAUUUGAGCCCUAAGGAGCAGACUGUCGUACUCAAGGAGCAGUCUUGCUGCUGCGACAGAAUUCUUCGGGUGUUUCGUUUCUUCAAAUCCCAGGAUACUUAUGUUCCCAAUGUGAUUCAUUACAACAUCGUGCUUCGAGCCUUAGGCAGAGCCGGGAAAUGGGAUGAAUUGAGGCUGUGUUGGAUUGAAAUGGCUCAUAACGGUGUUUUACCCACUAAUAAUACCUACGCCAUGUUGGUCGAUGUCUACGGCAAGGCCGGCCUUGUCAACGAAGCUCUUCUGUGGGUCAAACACAUGGCACAGAGGGGCCAUUUUCCUGAUGAAGUCACCAUGACUACUGUUGUUCGUGUUUUGAAGGACGCCCACGAGUUUGAAAGGGCUCAUACAUUCUUCAAGGAUUGGUGCGCCGGACGCCUCAACUUGGAUGCCCUUUUCUUUGGUUCUGUCAGUAACUGCUCUGUUUCUUCUCCUGUUAACUUGAAGCAAUUCUUGUCCAUGGAACUCUUUAGGAUCGGCGCCAGGAGCCCUAUUGAGAAAAGCCUACAUUUCUCCACACCUUCUGACAGUUCUCCUCGGAAGCCACGGUUAACUUCCACUUACAACACUCUGAUUGAUUUGUAUGGAAAGGCUGGACGCUUAGAAGAUGCAGCAAACGCCUUUUCAGAGAUGUUGAAGUCUGGGGUGCCCAUGGACACCAUAACAUUUAACACCAUGAUCCAUACCUGUGGAACUCAUGGGUACUUGUCAGAGGCUGAAUCGUUGAUGGGCAAGAUGGAAGAGAAAGGGGUAUCCCCUGAUACAAAGACUUAUAACAUCCUUCUAUCUCUACAUGCCGAUGCAGGCGACAUUGAUGCAGCUCUUAAAUACUACUGGAAAAUCCGGGAAGUGGGUCUUUUUCCUGAUACUGUCACCCAUCGAGCUGUCAUUCACAUGUUGUGUCAAAGGAAUAUGGUUGGAGAGGUGGAAGCAGUGAUGGCUGAAAUGGACAGACAUGAUAUUCGUAUCGAUGAGCACUCAGUUCCUGUUGUUAUGCAGAUGUAUGUUAAAGAAGGUUUUCUUGAGCGGGCAAAGUCCCUCUUUGAAAGGUUUCAGUUGGACUGUGUGCUAUCAUCAGUUACACUUGCUGCCAUAAUCGAUGUUUAUGCUGAAAAGGGAUUAUGGGAAGAGGCUGAGGCUGUUUUCUUUGGCAAGAGAAACGUGGCUGGACAAAGGAAUGAUGUUCUGGAGUGUAAUGUCAUGAUCAAAGCUUAUGGCAAGGCAGGGCUUCACGAUAAAGCACUUUCUCUGGUCAAGGGCAUGAAGAACCAAGGUAACUGGCCCGAUGAGUGCACUUACAAUUCCCUUAUGCAGAUGCUCGCUGGGGUUGACUUAGUUGAUGAAUCACAUAGGCUCUUGGCCGAGAUGCUUGAAGCAGGUUAUAAACCACGGUGUAAGACCUUAUCUGCUUUAAUUGCGAGCUAUGUUCGCCUGAACCGGCUCUCUGAAGCAGUUGACCUGUAUGAAUCGAUGCACAGAAUGGGGGUGAAACCUAAUGAGGUUGUGUAUGGUUCCUUAAUCAAUGGAUUCGCUGAGAACGGCAGGGUUGAAGAAGCUCUUCAGUACUUUCAUAUGAUGGAAGAACACGGCAUUCAAUCCAAUCAAAUUGUUUUGACAUCCCUUAUCAAGGCUUAUAGCAAGGUGGGUUCUCUGGAAGAAGCUAGACGAGUGUAUGAGAAAAUGAAGGAUUCACAGGGCGGCCCAGAUACUGCUGCAUCAAAUUCAAUGUUAAGUCUGUGUGCGGAUCUCGGUAUGGUUUCUGAAGCGGAAACAAUUUUCAAUGAUUUGAGAGUAAAGGGUACAUGCGAUGUUAUUUCCUUUGCAACCAUGAUGUACCUAUACAAGACCAUGGGCAUGCUCGAUAAGGCCAUUGAAGUGGCUGAAGAGAUGAAACAGUCUAGUUUACUGAGAGACUGCACCUCGUUCAACCAGGUGAUGUCUUGCUAUGCCGCCUACGGGCAGUUACGAGAGUGUUGUGAACUUUUACACGAGAUGAUUGCUGAAAGAAAGCUUUCACCGGAUUGGAGGACAUUCAAAACGAUGUUCACCCUACUGAAGAAAGGCGGGAUUCCAAAUGAAGCUGUGGCCCAGCUAGAAUUUGCCUACAACGAAGCUAAACCACACUCCGCACAAGCAAUCACUGCAACUUUGUUCUCGGUCGUGGGUCUGCACGCAUUUGCACUGGAAUUAUGCCAAGCGUUCUUGAGCUCUGGAACCCCUUUGGAGCAUUUCACAUACAAUGCCGCAAUAUACACAUACGGUUCUUCAAAGGACGUUGACAAGGCCCUUAAUGUAUACAUGAGAAUGCAGGAUGAAGGCUUGGAACCGGACGUUGUGACGCAAAUCUACCUUGUUGGGGUCUACGGGAAAGCUGGCAUGGUGGAGGGCGUGAAGAGAAUGCACAGCUGGCUAACAUAUGGAGAGCUGGAAACGAAUGAGUCAUUGUUCAAGGCGGUCAGAGAUGCGUAUGUGAGUGUGAACAGGCAGGACUUGGCCGAUCAGGUGAAGAAAGAGAUGAGCUUUGCUUUCGAGCCAGAAGAGGAGUGUAGUAUGGAUUCUGGACUAGAAGAUGAGGCGUCGGAUUAUGGUUCGGAAGAGGGAGAAGAAGAUGAGUCUAUUUGGUGAUGAGCCGUGAAAAGUUGUGCGAAUCAUAGCGAUUGUACAGUACAGGGACCGAGAAACCUCAGGCAAUGUGUAUAUUUGUGGUCUGAUCUCAGGCCAAAAACCCAAAACAUUCAAUUUCUUAU